AUGUCCUCCGAGCCGGUCUCAGUAAAAUGGCAUCGUUCGACGUUUUAUAACAUCACGAUCCUCGGCCUUUGCAACUUUGCCGCGCCGGGAAUAUGGGGAGCCAUGAACUCCCUCGGAGCCGGCGGCGCGCAGAAGCCGUACCUGGUCAACACGGCCAACGCCUUGACCUUUUCCCUCAUGGUCGUCUCCUGCCUCUUCUCCAGCGCCCUGUUCGAGCCCCCCCCCCCCCCGUACGCUGCGGGACUGUACACGAACAACCGCUUCGGCACGGAGUGGCUCACGAUCCUCGGCGCCGCGCUGUGCGGCGUCUCCGCGGGCGUCUUCUGGAUGGCCGAGGCGGCCAUCGCCAUCGCCUACCCGGAGCCGUGGAACAAGGGCAAGGCGCUGGGGUACUGGCUGACGUACCGCGUCAGCGGGCAGAUCCUCGGCGGCGCGAUUAAUCUAGGGCUGAACUCGGGGCGGAGCGAGGCGGGAAAGGUGUCGCAUACGGUGUAUCUCGUCUUCAUCGCGCUGCAGUGCCUGGCACCCGUCGGCGCGCUGCUCCUGACGCCGCCGGACAAGGUGCAGCGCCAGGAUGGGAAGAAGGUCGAGCUCGGGAUCUUCAACAAUCCUUGGUUCGAGAUCAAGGCGACGAUCAAGUUGUUUUUCUCUCGCAAGUUUCUUCUCCUGCUGCUGCUGAUUGGACAGGCCGUAUAUGCUGAAGCUGUCUUCUUCACCUACCUCUCAUUAUGGUUUUCUGUUCGCUCGCGCGCCUUGGGAUCCUUCCUGUCGGGCAUUGUGGCUGCGAUUGGAGGCAACGUUCUCGGGUACUGGCUGGAUAAAACGGACGUUCCGCUGAAAUUGAGAGCCAGAUCCAGCUUCUGGACAAUCAUCACCCUGCAGGGGGCAUGGUGGACUUGGGCAACCGUGCUGUCCACUCGCUACCAUCGCACGCAGCCUACAUACGACUGGACAACCCCGGGCUUUGGCGCCGGCUUCGCCGUCUAUGUCUUCUUGCUCCUUGGCUUUCAGUUGAACUACAUGUUUCUCUACUUUAUCAUACAAAAUCUGGCCGAUACCAAAGAGCAGGUCAUCCGCUACUCUGCGUUGCUGCGUGGAACCGAAUCUGCCUGGCAGGCAAUCAGCUACGGCUUGGGAUCCAUCGAGAUCAUGGCACAGGUAGGCAGCAUCUACUUGAACUUUGGUCUUUGGGCGGCUGCUAUUCUUCCUGCCUGGUUCGUUCUACGCCACAUUGGCGUGGUAAAGGAGGGUGAUGAUGAUGGUCAGCAUUCGGAGCAGAGCAGCAGCAGCGAGCCUGGUGAUGUCAAGGUUGCGGGGGAUGUGGCUUCUACCUAA